GUUCAACUGUUUAUAGAUCACAGUAGGUUUAUAGGUUACAGGUGUGUUGAACUUCACUUCGUUGCACUUCGUUACGUUCAACUGUUUAUAGAUUACAGUAGGUUUAUAGGUUACAGGUGUGUUGAACUUCACUUCGUUGCACUUCGUUACGUUCAACUGUUUAUAGAUUACAUUAGGUUUAUAGGUUACAGGUGUGUUGAACUUCACUUCGCUGCACUUCGUUACGUUCAACUGUUUAUAGAUUACAGUAGGUUUAUAGGUUACAGGUGUGUUGAACUUCACUUCGUUGCACUUCGUUACGUUCAACUGUUUAUAGAUUACAUUAGGUUUAUAGGUUACAGGUGUGUUGAACUUCACUUCGCUGCACUUCGUUACGUUCAACUGUUUAUAGAUUACAGUAGGUUUAUAGGUUACAGGUGUGUUGAACUUCACUUCGUUGCACUUCGUUACGUUCAACUGUUUAUAGAUUACAUUAGGUUUAUAGGUUACAGGUGUGUUGAACUUCACUUCGCUGCACUUCGUUACGUUCAACUGUUUAUAGAUUACAGUAGGUUUAUAGGUUACAGGUGUGUUGAACUUCACUUCGUUGCACUUCGUUACGUUCAACUGUUUAUAGAUCACAGUAGGUUUAUAGGUUACAGGUGUGUUGAACUUCACUUCGUUGCACUUCGUUACGUUCAACUGUUUAUAGAUUACAGUAGGUUCAUAGGUUACAGGUGUGUUGAACUUCACUUCGUUGCACUUCGUUACGUUCAACUGUUUAUAGAUCACAGUAGGUUUAUAGGUUACAGGUGUGUUGAACUUCACUUCGUUGCACUUCGUUACGUUCAACUGUUUAUAGAUUACAUUAGGUUUAUAGGUUACAGGUGUGUUGAACUUCACUUCGUUGCACUUCGUUACGUUCAACAGUUUAUAGAUUACAGUAGGUUUAUAGGUUACAGGUGUGUUGAACUUCACUUCGUUGCACUUCGUUACGUUCAACUGUUUAUAGAUCACAGUAGGUUUAUAGGUUACAGGUGUGUUGAACUUCACUUCGUUGCACUUCGUUACGUUCAACUGUUUAUAGAUUACAGUAGGUUCAUAGGUUACAGGUGUGUUGAACUUCACUUCGUUGCACUUCGUUACGUUCAACUGUUUAUAGAUUACAGUAGGUUUAUAGAUUACAGGUGUGUUGAACUCCACUUCUUUGCACUUCAUUACGUUCAACUGUUUAUAGAUUAGAGUAGGUUUAUAGGUUACAGGUGUGUUGAACUUCACUUCGUUGCACUUCGUUACGUUCAA